CUGAUCCGACUCUCCAUAUAAUUUAUAAAGGUUACCUGGUACCUAUCCUACAUUGCCGGGCCAAGUUCAGUUAUCUGUUAUCCACCUCAGAAUCAGACAUAGUUCAUAAUGAUUUUAUAGUGAGAAUACUAUCACAAUGGCUACAACUCCAAAAGUUGGCGAUAGAUUGUCUUACGACGGUGCUGUUUGUACAGUUCGAUAUGUCGGCGAAGUUAGUGGUACAUCUGGUAGCUGGCUUGGCGUCGAAUGGGACGACCCAGCUCGCGGGAAACACGACGGUUCUCACAAAGGAGUGAGAUAUUUUACUUGCCUAUCUAAAUCCGCAACGGCCGCAUCUUUUGUGCGGCCGACACGACCUAUAGAGAAGCCGCAGAGCUUCGUAAGGGCAGUAACCGAGAAGUACGCCUCCGAGUUAGAGAAGACAAUUGAAAUCAGAUUCUCCAAUAAAGUAGCAGAGGAGGUUGGAUUCGAAAAGAUCCAGCGCAAGCAGGCCCAGUUAUCCGAACUGAGAGCCGUCAUCGUUGAUGGUGCACGUAUCGCAACGGCUUACUUGGAGGGUGAUAGUUCCAUUAGGGAGACGUUUCCUAAAAUAGUCGAGUUGGAUCUCAGCCGGAAUUUAUUUCAGAAAGUCGAAACUGUCGUGGCCAUCUGUUCCGAGUUACCUAUUUUACGAAGUCUACGUCUAAAUGGCAAUCGAUUUCAAGACAUACUAACCGACAAAGGUCUUGAAAAUGCAGAGAGCUCCUUACAGAACAUUAAGGAUUUAGCUUUGGACGAGACUCUCAUGACCUGGGAGGAAAUCUGCCAUGUUGCGACCAAGUUUAAGGCACUUUCAACCCUCUCAUCCAGUGCGAACCACUUGUUCUCUCUGCCCCAAACCCAGUUAUCGACACUCCUUUCUACUUUAACUUCUCUGGAUUUGGAGUUCAACAACUUUACUACUAUCACGGAUGUCUCCAGCCUUGCCGCAUUGACGUCACUUCGUAAUCUUCACCUUAAGGGCAAUUUCAUCAAGACGAUUUCUCAGAAUGCAUCCGAUGAAUUACCUGUGUUUUCGGAAAGUCUAAAAUACCUGGAUGUCUCAUAUAAUCAAGUCUUAUCGUGGGAGUUCGUCGACGCGCUACCAACAUGCUUCCCUGGUAUGACGUCCCUCCGGUUCUCGCACAACCCUAUAUACGAUAAUCCCGAUCCUGAAUUCUCUACCAAUUCGAAAGCUAUCACAGAAGAGGCGUACAUGUUCACGGUCGGCCGCUUGGCGAAUCUUAAGAUACUCAACUUUGCUACCAUAUCGAACACCGACCGUCAAGAUGCGGAGAUGUUUUAUCUUGGUCGUAUCGGCAAACACUUAGCUACUGUUCCGGAAAACAAGGAAGCUGAAGUUAUUAAGCAGCACAGACGCUAUGCUGAACUAUGUGAGCUAUAUGGCCCACCGGUUGUUAACAGGCAAAAAGAAAUCAAUCCGGCUUUUCUGGAAGCGAGACUGGUUACGGUACAUUUCAUCUUCCACCCCAAAGAUAAAGGUGGUGAAAUCAUAGAGAGAACGACAAGGAUUCCGAAGAGUUUCGACAUAUAUGCCGUGAAGGGUAUCGCUGGAAAGCUGUUUGGGUUGAACCCGCUUGGCGUACGCUUGACCUGGGAGACUGGGGAAUGGGAUCCGGUUGGAGGAUUCGAUGACGAAGUUGAAGACAGCAGCGACGAAGAAGAGGAACAAGAGAAAGGCGAAGCGGGAGAAGCCGUGGAUACAGGAGAGGGCUCUCCAGUAGAUACAAAGACUGGCAAGUGGGUCAAACGAGAGGUAGAGCUGCAAGACGGGCCGCGGCAGCUUGGGUUCUGUGUUGAUGGCUUGGAGGCGAAAAUCAGAGUUGAGGCCUGAUGAUGAAACGGUAAUCCAAGCAGUUAUCAUUCUACCCGUAUGAGAUUUUAUAAAAUCGAAGAGACUAUUCAAACUAGUUUAAGCGCCCAUCUUAAUCGUGUACUUUAAAUAGCCCAAGCUGGGAAAUCUCUCGACAAGAAAAUGAGAGCAGUGAGACAGGCUAUGUACAUGCCUUAGACUGCAGCGUUUUGUAAAUAGUGUCUAACACCAAUCCAUCUUUACGGGCUCGACUGCAUGAGUUUUACAAACAGACAAGCGCUGCAACGCUGGCAAGCAAAC